CUGGAGUUGACUGAAGCCUGAGCUGCGCGGCACCAUGGCAACGGAGCGGCCUACCAAACUGCGCGUCUUCUCUCUCAACUGCUGGGGAAUUCGAUUCCUCAGUAAACGUUGUGCAGAGCGGUACAAGAUGAUAGCAGAACUGCUGGACAGAGAACAGCAUGAUGUCGCCCUGCUACAAGAAGUAUGGAGUGAAAAAGAUUUCCUUUUCCUGAAGAAUAAACUUUCCUCCUCUCAUCCUCACACUCACUAUUUCAAGAGUGGAGUUAUUGGCAGUGGGCUCGCUGUGUUCUCCAAACACAGAAUCCAAGAUGCACUGCUCUACCAGUACUCUCUUAAUGGCUACCCAUAUAUGCUGUGCCAUGGCGACUGGUUUGGAGGUAAAGCAGUGGGAUUGGUCAUUUUAGACGUGUUCAGGUUGAAGGCACACGUCUAUGUUACUCAUUUACAUGCAGAGUACUCCAGAGUGCAAGAUGAAUACCUGCCACACAGAAUUGUGCAGUCGUGGGAACUACUGCAAUUUGUGCGCCAUACAUCCUGUGGAGCAGGCAUGGUCAUUCUGGGAGGGGAUUUGAACUUGCACCCUCAGGACCUUGGGAACCGUCUCCUAAGAGCUCACACUGGACUCAGAGACUGCUAUACUGAAGCAGCCACAUUUGAUGGGUGUGAAGAUGGCCACACUCUUAUAGCAGACAAUCACUUUACAAAGAAGCAAGAUCUUAUUCCAUUUGAGAAAGGCAUCAGGAUUGACUACAUUCUCAUGAAGGGCUCUAAGAGAGUGAACAUGAAAUGUGAGUCUCUGUCCACCACUAAGGGUUCAGUGGCUGAUAAACCCUUUCCAUAUUCGGACCAUGAGUCCCUGACUGCUGAACUGGCCCUUAUACAGUUAGAGGACAACAGACAGCAUGGAAUGAGGAACACGGAGUACUCAGAUACUGCAGUCCCUGUAUCAGAGCAGAUGGACGUAGUCUCAGAGGCUCGAGCAGUGAUAAAGGAAGGCCUGUGUCAAACAGAGGUCCUGCAGGCCAAAGCCAUGUGUCUGAUAGGCGGAGGUCUGCUGCUACUGCUGCUGCUGCUGGCUAUGGCCUUCCUUCCCUGCUUAUGCUCUGGAGGCCACUUCUCCUUCACCACAGUGGGCCUUCUGGGAGCUGUGUGCAUGAUCAUCUUGCUAUCCGGAGCUCUACUCUACCUUUUCUUUGCCAUACACAUCAAAGUCUUGAAAGAGACUGAGGACCAGAUGAAACUGACCUCAAAUUACCUCCAGACUAUACUGUCAGGGCAUAGGGUGUUGGAGUCUUCAUUCUCUGAUGGUUCUCCAGAACACCAGCCCUUUAAACGGGAGGAGUGAGUUUGUUCAGAUGGAGGUUGACCCCUAAGUGCUGGUCUGGGAUCAGGUUACUGUACCUCUAUGUUACAUCAUAGCUAGGGUAUAAAUUGAAAAGCUGACCCAAGAACAGUGUUCUGAGGCAAUACCUACCUCAAAACAAUAAGUGAUGGCAUUAAUAAUAGAGCUGCUAUUCUGGCUGGUUUAGAUGAACUGAAACUUCCCCAUUUGUUUUUGUGAGGGUGAUUACUGAAUUCUAUGCAUGUGUCAUUGUUUCUCAAGCCCGCAAAGACACAUCCUGACUGUGGAAAUUGUGCUUAUUGAUAUUUUAAUGUUACUUAAAAGAGACUUCAAUAGAGUUGUUGCAUCAUAUUUUAAGCAUUUUAGAACUGCUCAGUUCAAUUAAUCAUAAUUAUGAAUAAAUCACAACAAAUCUUAAAUUAUUUUAAUGGGAUAAUUUUAACAGAAUUUUUCAUAGUGACACAAGGAUCUUAAAAGCCAGGACCUUUAACCAGGAGUCUGUGGACAAUUGUGUGGCAUAAAAUCAAACAGCAUAGGAUUUUCUUUAAAAAUAAAUAAAUAGGCUAAAGCUGUUCUAUGUAUUUCUAAAUGCGGUACAUUAAUGAUCUGUUUUGCAUUAUGGAAAGAAAUUAUCUUUGUUAAAAGUUAUUACUUAACAUUAUAAAUUAUUACAGGAAAAAGUACAUUGGGGGUUGCUGGGUCUGUACAUUUUGAAAACUCCAGGAUCAUUGCAGGUGAAAAUAGAGUUAAAGGGUUAGUUCACACAAAAAUCUAAAUUCUCUCAUCAUUUACUCACCCUCAUGCCAUCCCAGAUAUGUAUGACUUUCUUUCUUUAAGUCUCCCAAAAGCACAUAAAGGCAGCAUAAAAGUAAUCCAUACAACUCCAGUGGGUAAAUCCAUGACUCCUGAAGUGAUGUCAUAAGUUUGGGUAAGAAAUAGAUACAUAUUUAAGUCCCUUUUUACUAUAAAUCUCCACUUUCACUUCCAUGUUCUUCUUUCUUUUUUAUCGAUUCACAUUCUUCGUGCAUAUCGCAACCUACUGGGCAUGGCUGGUCAAAGGUGGAGAUUAAUUGGGAAAAAAUACUUAAAUAAUGAUCAGUUUCUCGCCCAUAUCUAUCAUAUCGCUUCUGAAGAUAUCAGUUUAACCAAUGGAGUCAUAUGGAUUACUUUUAUGCAGACUUUAUAUGAUUUUUGGAUCUUCAAAGUUUUGGUAAACAUUCACUUGCAUUGUGUGGACCUACAGAGCUGAAAUAUUCUUUUAAAAAUCUUAAUUUGUGUUCUGCAGAAGAAAGAAAGUCAUACACAUCUGGGAUGGCAUUAGGGUGAGUAAAUGAUGAGAGAAUUAUUCUUUUUGAGUGAACUAUCACUUUUAGCUCUAUUGGUAGCAUCUGUUGCAUGUCGAUUACUACAAACAAUAAUUUCCACUCAUCCCAUACUAAAAACAACCAAAAAAUGACAAAUGUUUUGCAGUUGUAUGCUUUUAAUGAAAGUCUAUGGGACAAAUAUAAAAUGAGCCUGAGUUGUACUUAACCUGGAAUAUUCCUUUAAAUAGUUUCCUCGCAGUCCACAAGAUGGUGCUCUUGCUUAAUUAAGUGAUCAACACAUUCCCAUGCAAUACAAGUAGCUCAUGUAAAAUCAGAAUGCUGAAAAGCUGAAUUGACAUUAGUCACAAAAGCACAGGAUUUAUCACUUAAGAAGUUGUCUCAAAAGCCUGACAUGGAGUUCCAAACAUCCUUUCUUCAUUGAAAGAAAUACCAAAUACAUCAAAAUUGGUCACUUAUGGAACACAGUUUAACCUAAAAAAGGCAUACGAGAAGAGCAGAAGUAUAUGAGAAGUUCUAUAAAUGACCAUAUGUUAUUGGUUUUAUGAAUAUUUUAGAACAACAGCUGGAAAAGUCCCAUGCAAACUUUGUAUAUUUGCGUCUGCAAUACAAAAAUCUUACC